AGAAAGAAAGAAAGAAAGAAAGAAAGAAAGAAAGAAAGAAACUAUGAUGCCUAAUUGAAGUUCUCACUUCUCACGUCAGGAACGAGUCACUUUACAAGCGGGAAACAGCUUCGCCUGCAUUUUAUAAGUCAGACCUGUAGAUCGAAGAUCGUCUAUUGUGACGAAUAAAUCUCCCCUUUUCUUCUUUUUGUUUUAGAACAGAGGUUUCUCACCAAGAUACAAAUUCAGCACUUUAUUUUUGGCCACCUAGCUAAAAAUAAAACAAAACAAAAAACUGUUAAGAUAAGACUCUACAUAAAAAUAAAAUAAUAAAAGAAAUAAAUAAAAGAAAUUCGUGGCAAAGGGAGGAAGACUGAGUGGGGAACGUUUUCAGCCUGAAAUGCGUGACUUUCUGUGGUCGUUGGUAGCUUUCAUCUUCAUAUUUGUGGUACAGUGAUGGCAUCUCCAGAGAUGUUUACAGUGCGUCGGUAUUAUAAUGUUAUUUAUUAAAGGCAAAAAGUUCCUGGCCUACCAAUAAACCAAAAGGAUUUCCACCUACUAAAGCAUACUAUUAGGUGUCUGGAAUAAGAACCAGAAUCUGAUCUGAAUGAAAGAUACAAUAUUCUUCAUUGUGUGAAUGCUGCACAACUAUGAAACUGUAUUCUUCAGGGUAAGAUGUAUGCAUAGUUUAAACGUCCUUUAUUCUUGUGCACACUAAAAACUUGGUGCCCUUUCUCCAACUAUUUCAGCUAUCCGCACAAUGUGUUAAACCCGCUCAGACAUUAACACAUGGUUGGAUUAACCUGUUAGUGGCCCAUGGGUGCAGAGAACAGAGUUCCCAGUACAUAACUGUUUUUUGUUUUGUUUUGCUUUUUUGUAUUGCUCAAUAAUAAGGUUUUAUGUUAAGUGGUUAAAGUUAUUUUUUUUAAUUAAGUGAUCAACUGUCAAGAUCACUGUCACCAAAUGUUUUGGACAUCAACACAUCAUGAUCCAAUAAGUAAAUGUGAUGCAAUUGAAAUAUGUAAAAUCAAAGGUUUAUUUAAAUUCAGUUAAAUAAAUGAAAUUGAACCUGAUUCAAUCAAAUUCAAUGUUUUACAUUGAACUCAUGUAACAAUAUUACAGUGAAAUGCAGGUUACUUAUAUAAAGCCAGAAUUUAUGGGGAAAAAUAUAUUUUGUAAGAUAAAAUGAGAAGUUGAUGAGAUUUUAUCAACAAAAAGGUGUCAAAGUUCAUAAAGUUCUACAAAAGAUUUCUGGCCACUAUUCAACCCAAAAGUCAAAAUAUGAAAGAGAUGUGACCACAACAUAUUAAAUUCCUUACUAUAUUUAUAUAUAUGUACUUAAUCCUUACUAGAUAUGGUAUCUGAGUCUAGACAGAUAGAGAUAAAACGGCAUGGUAGUAAUUCAUAUAGAAAAGAAAAGAAUAGAAUAGAAUAGAAUAGAAUAGAAUAGAAUAGAAUAGAAUAGAAUAGCCCUUUACAACAAAGUUGUGUGUGCUCAAUGCCAACUGUGCCAGCUCUGCAGGAAUAGAAUAUAAACAAAUCGCAACCCAAACUGCAUAUUUGUGUUGCAGUUGGUUAGACAUAAUUUCAUAAGCAGUAUGUCCAGACUAUAUAAAUUAAUUAUGAUUUAAAACUAUAACUGUGAAACUGUGCUCUUCCAGUAUGACUUAUAUUAAUUGUUUAGAGGUUCCACUAAAAAACACAAGUACCCACUUUGUUGUGUUGGAGACAUAAUAAGGGCACCAUCAAACCCUGCAGGACUUUUCUUCUUUGAGCCAUAAAUGUUAGAAGGAGCCAUGAACCUAGUGAAUCAUAGCUCCUGCCUUCUGGUGCCCUUGGUUUAGUUUUCCCUACUUUGUUAAGUUAUUUUGUUGUCCUUUUCAGAUUGUUUCAUGUAUUGUGAUUAAAAUCUAUUAGUGUAAGGGAGAUUUAAUUUUAAACCUUGGUCCACAAAUAUAGGUAGUCAUACAUGUGUAACUAAAUCUCUUUUUAUGUGACAGGUGUUUGUCUUCACACAUAUCAUACAUACUAAAAAUACCAUUUGACUCCCCUCAGUAGACAAAGGUGACAAGCUGUGUUUGAUAUAGACUAAUCCACCUGGCACAAGAGUUACGUGUACUACAAAAGAACACUGUGUAAUGUUUUCCUGAUGUCUUUUCUUGCUUUGUUUUGCAGAACAUUUUUACAGUUCUUACACAUAACAUAUUACAUAUACAUAUAUAAAAGGCUCUCAGGUUGAGAUGUAAUGGUAAAUCUUUUAAAAAAUGAAACAAACAAUGUAUAAUUUUAAUUUAGAAAAACAAAACAAAAAACGGGCACAACUCCUUCCCUGAAAUUCACGGGGGCUGUAGUUUUAAAACAUAUAACAUUCAAGCUUGAGCAAAUGGAGAACAUGCUGAGGGUUUAUUUUCAGUCAAUAUUUCUAAGUACUCAAAGCACCUGCAACAGUGCAACAGUUUCUUGUUGAGAUGUUUGGAGGACUACGGUUCAGGCAGUAGGCUACUCUACUUCUAGUUUAGGUCUUUUGUUGGGUUUUCCUGAUUAUUAGGAAAGCCUCCUCCUAUUAUAGGUUUUCCUGUUGUCAUUUCUGCAAAGAUAUAUAUUUUUUUCCGGAUAAAGUAUUCAACGUGCGCAAAAAAAAAAUAAAAAUAAAAAUACAACAGCAGGAUUGUUAAAAAAAAAUCUAUCACGUAACCUCUUACAGUACCCAUGCACGCAAAACAUUUUGCAUUUAUUUUAAUAAUACUGGGAGUGUUUGCUUCCUCGUGCUACGGUCACAUGGAAGGUAAACGAAGUUGUCAAAGUUGCGCAUGUUCAAACCAAAUCUCUAAGAUGCCUUUAAGGGAUACACUUAACGGGGGAGCUGCUAUUGAAAUAGAUCAAAUUAAGCGAAAUUGAACUACUGAAAAGCUAAACUUAAUACUUUGACUGCAUAUAAGCACGUUUUAAUCAUCCUAGUGGAAGUAGAUAUUAUAUUAUUUCUUAUAUUAUUAUUUUUAUUUGAAGCAGGGGCGCGUCGACGUAACGUUCGCAUGUUAAAGUACAUCUUUACGAGAUACACACAAACGCAGCACACAACAACCCCAAGUGAGAAUUCAUUCAUCAUGGGCUUCAUGCUGUCAAGCUAGCCGUUGUAUUUACGCGGGACGUGUGUAAUAAAUAGUAAGUGAACAGUAAUGCCAUUUGUAGAGCAUCGCCAGUAUCUGUAAAGCCGCAAUAUCUGCGGCUGGAUGAUUUCUAAGUUGAGCGACACUUUCCUGUGUGGUGUACUGGGAACUCACGUCUCGUGUUAUGGGAGAGACACGGAGGUCAGACGAACGGUGGACUGUCAACAAUAAUGUCCGAGUAAAACGAGACUGCUGCUGCUUGGCCAGCUGUAUGUUAAUCUUCUAGCACUGAUCAGCGUAAAAUUGAAUCAUGCCUGGGAAACUGAAGGCCAAAAUUGUGGCAGGGCGCCACUUGCCUGUGAUGGACAGAGCCAGUGACCUUACUGAUGCUUUCGUAGAGGUCAAGUUUGGAAACACAACCUUCAAAACGGAUGUCUGUCCCAAAUCCCUCAAUCCACAAUGGAACUCGGAGUGGUUCAAAUUUGAGGUCGAUGAUGAGGACUUGCAGGAUGAGCCAUUGCAGAUCACAGUAUUGGACCACGACACUUACAGUGCUAAUGAUGCCAUAGGGAAAGUUUACAUUGACAUUGAUCCACUGCUUUACAGUGAGGCUGCUUCUGUCAUCUCUGGCUGGUUUCCCAUCUAUGAUACCAUCCAUGGAAUUCGAGGGGAAAUAAACGUCAUUGUUAAAGUGGAACUCUUCAACGAUUUGAACCGUUUCAGACAGUCUUCAUGCGGGGUCAAGUUUUUCUGCACCACAUGUAUUCCACAGUGCUACAGGGCAACUUUGGUGCACGGCUUUGUUGAGGAACUCGUGGUAAAUGAAGAUCCAGAGUACCAGUGGAUUGACCGUAUCAGAACUCCCAGGGCCUCCAAUGAAGCGCGACAGAGGCUCAUCUCUCUCAUGUCUGGAGAACUACAGAGAAAAAUAGGGCUUAAAGUGCUGGAGAUGGGUGGGAAUGCAGUAGUGGGCUACUUGCAGUGUUUCGACCUGGAAGGAGAGUCGGGCCUGGUGGUCCGGGCCAUAGGUACCGCCUGCACGCUGGACAAACUCAGCUCUGGAAGUGCCCCUAACACCAACACACACAUGCACCCAAACACAGCUCCUGCUUCCAAUGCCUGCAAUUCCCCCUCUAAAGAUGGAAAGGAGCCGGUAUUUGUUGAGGAUCUGCCCUCGUCCUCCGGCCCGCCAACCCCUUUCAGAGCCCUUCCCACCUCCUCCUCUCCUCCCCCCUUCUCUCCCUCCAAGCCAUGCAGCCGCCAGUCCUCAUCAUCAGACACAGACCUCAGUUUGACGCCCAAGACGGAGGAGCCCCAUUCAGUGAGAUGCAGACCUGGGAUCUUCCUCUGCCCCAGCUCCCCCAUCCUUUCCACAGACACUCUGUCCCUUCCUGGUUCUGGCUCAGUGGGCUGUGGUCGUGGCUCUAAUCCCAGGGCAACCACCUCAGCCCCACUCUCCUCCAUCCAGUCAGACUCUGCCUUGCUGAGAAAGAGCGUGUCCUUCACUGAGGACCUGCUGCUGGCAGCCUCCGGAAUGGGCAGUGGAGGCAGCGCCGGGAAGGAGGCGGGACCUCUGAGGACCCUCCUCAGACAACAGACGCAGACAGCUCUUGAGCAGCGGGGAGCGUCUUCCUCUGGGUUAUUGUUAAACGCCAGGGAGUUCCCCUUCUUCACCUUGACGUCGUUCCCGCCUGGUUUUCUGCUUCAUGUUGGUGGAGUGGUCAGCGCUCGAUCUGUCAAAUUACUGGAUCGGAUACACAACCCCGCCUUGGGUAACACGCGCUCAUACAAACUGCUAGACUGGAAUAGUGUCACUGCAGAUGAGCCCGAGACUCGCGAUGCCUGGUGGGAAGAGAUUCGCCAGGAGAUCAAAUCUCAUGCCAGAGCUCUCGGUUGCCAUGCGGUUGUAGGGUACAGUGAGAGCACAAGCAUCUGCGAGGAGGUGUGUAUUCUGUCCGCAUCUGGCACAGCAGCCAUCUUGAAUCCUCGGUACAUGCGUGAAGGCUGCCUGGACAUCGGCUGCACCGACCACAGGUUUGAGGAGCCAUCGCCACCGAACUGUGGCUUCUGUCACAUCCCGUACGAUGAGCUCAACAUGCCCUUCCCUGCACAGCUCACCUAUUGUUACCACUGUAGACGACAAAAGGUUCCUGAUGUGCUCUUCACAACAAUUGACCUGCCAUCAGAAGCAGCUGUUGCAGGAAAGGGCUGCCUUAUCCAGGCCAGGCUGUGCCGUCUAAAGAAGAAAGCCCAGGGAGAAGCGAAUGCAACGGCCAUCUCUAACCUGCUGCCUUUCAUGGAAUAUGAGCUACACACUCAGCUGAUGAAUAAGCUGAAACUGCGGAGCAUGAACGCACUGUUUGGCCUGCACAUACAGAUCAGUGUUGGCGAGAACAUGCUCCUGGGUCUGGCUUCUGCUACAGGUGUGUACCUGACAGCUCUGCCUGCUCCAGGGGGUAUCCAGAUAGCAGGGAAGACUCCAGGAGACUUGAGCAGCGAGCAUAUAUCAUCCAUUCAGAAAAGGAUUAAUGACACCAUAGCUGUGAACAAAGAGCUCUAUCAAAUAAAUCCUCCGAAAUUAUUUGCCCUGGACCCUGAGGUGUUCUGCGGCAUAAACAUGGAGCUUGCAGAGGAAGGGGUGGGCUCUCCAAUCCCUGAGCCAAGGCAUCGAUCCAGACUUUUUCGCUCCCACUCGGAAAGCUCAGACGAGCUAUCAGAACUGGAUCUGUCCCACGGCAAAAAGGAUGCCUUCGUCCUGGAGAUUGAUGACACCGAUGCCGUGGAGGAUAUCCACUCCCUCCUGAUCGAUGCACCUCCCCCCACAGGUUUCUACAGCUGCAACACUGAAAAUAUGCCUGGGAUUUCUAACUGGACUUCAGGAGUACAGAUGUUUACAUCAGUGAGGGUUUUGAGGUUGAGCAAUGCCAAUCUUACUAACCAAGGCUUAAACAAGAUCUUUACUGACCUCUGUGAGAACCUGCUGAAGAGUUUUUACUUCAAGCUGCGCUCUAUGAUCCCCUGCUGUCUUUGUCAUCUCAACUUCACCGUAGCAGUGCCAGAAGAAGAGCUCAUACAGGUCACAGUGACAGCCGUUGCCAUGACCUAUGACAAGGAACAGACUCAGGAGAAGACAGCUGAGAAGCCCGUCAACAAAGGGAGCCUUGAGGCUGAAGAGCAGCUGCAGUUUCCCCUGGAAUUGUGUGCAGACUCGUCCUCUUCCAACAUUCAGACAGCAUCCAAAAUCUCAGGUGUCGGAGAAAGUACCAACAUGUCACCCAGAGCUGCCUCCGUUGAUUACGGUUCCUUUGCAGACAGAUGCAGCACCUGGCUAGAGCUGCUUAGGCUGAAAGCUCACACCAUAAGACGAGGAUCAGUUAAGACAAGUAGGAGGACACAGUCUCUAGCACACUCUGUCUCAUCUUUGGAGCGCUGCAGUCCGCUUCAAGAGGGACGUUCCCGCUCGCUGCGCUCCAGUCGCUCGUUUGGAGGCAGCUCGGUAACGGUGGUGAAGAUGACGCCGCUCUCCUUCCUUCCCGGGACACGCAUCAUUAAAUACCUUGGCAUUAUCAACAUGUUUUUUAUCAGAGAGACGACAUCAUUACGGGAGGAAGGCGGUGUCAGCGGCUUCCUUCACUCAUUCAUCGCAGAGGUGUUUGCGAUGGUUCGAGCCCAUGUAGCGGCCCUCGGCGGCAAUGCAGUUGUGUCUUACAGCAUGAAAGAAUGUGUGUUCAUGGAAAAUCCGAAUAAAAAUCAGGCUCAGUGUCUCAUAAAUGUAAGCGGUGAUGCGGUUAUCUGCAUCAGCGAAACAGACCAGGAGUCCUCAGCAUCUACGGCAAAUACUGGACAGACCGGUGGCAGUGAAACCGAUGGGGCUACAUGACAAUGACACUGGUCCCCAAUUCUGGCUCCAAGAAACACACACUAAGUCAACACACUUUAAGUCUAGCCGUCCAAAUCUGACUGACUUAUGUUUGCCUUAAAACUCUAUAAAAGAUCCAAAGGCUUGGACACAGCGAAUAAAGAACCAUUGCUCAAGCAUGCAAAGCAAUCUAUAUUAAUAUAGGAGUGUGGGAUGUUUCUUUUUUGUUUAAAGAGAACAUAUUUUGCAGGACAUAUUAUGGAAUUUCAAAGUAUUUAAAAACAUUUAAUUUAAAACCAGUCACCGACUCCUUACACCUAACCUUCAUAUUAAAGCCGUCCAUGCUGGGGUCACUCGCAGCCACGGUAUAUUGGUCAUCCAGUCGGGUAUGAGUAAGGCAGCUAUGACUGAUUUGUCCAUCCACGGAUCACAGAUGUCGCUCAAUGACUGAAGUAAAAGGGAUACAAGCUAAUGAUUUUAAAACACAGUGAAAUUCUUACUCAGUUAUUUUCAUCCCAUGUGUUGAGCACCAAGUGAACAGAUUAUGCAUCAGGCAAGGCAAGUGUUUAAAUUUCAACUGAGUGGUGCUCUUUCUUAAACUAUAGAAAAAAUAGCCUGAAGUGGAAAAUUUUGAAGCUAAUUCCAAAGAAUCCAGGUGGACAUGUGAUCCGUUCACUGUUGUCCAAUUUUAAGGUUUUAUGUCUAAACUGGGCUCAUGUUGAAUUUUUGAGAAUCUUGCUAAUUAGUUUUAAAGUGUUUCUCAGAGGAAGUCCAAAAUUGUUCUGCAAGUGUGGAACAAUGGUGUCACAGCUGUAUUUCUGGGAGGAAACUCAUGUUACAUGCAUAUAGAUAACACAAGCCAAAAUUACAGGUGUUAUAUGCACAUAUUUUUGUAGAGCAAUAACUCCCUUUAGAAUAGCCAUUACCAUAUAUUCAGUAUAAAGCUAUUUAAAACUAUUAGAUUAUAUUGCUUUAUCCUAAAUUCAAGUGACAUUGCAGGUAUGCUUUUUAUUCACAUGCAACUGGAGUGAGCAGGGAAAUGGUGACAGGUGUGAUGUCAGAUGAAUACAAACAAAACUGGUGAGUUGAUAUAAAGCGGGUCUUUGGGAUGUCGUAGCAGGGAUCUUUAAUAGAAUAUAAAAAAUGAGGUUGUUUUGAAGUAUUUAAACCUUGAUCUUUGGGUAUCGAAGCAACUGACGUCCUCUUGAUGCAUUUAUCUGUGUGUGUCAAAUUUCACAUACCUUCGCCAAGCUUAAUCGCUGUUUCGUGGGCACUCGUGUUUAUGUUUAGAGUCUUGCUGCUGGUCUUCUGUCUAUUGUGGGGGGUGGGGGGGGAGCAGCUACAAGUGUCUGUGCCACCUGAAAACAGACUGUGUAAAUGGUCUCAAAAAAAAAAGAGAAAAAAAAAUCAGAUUUCUAGUAUUUUUGUAAGUUAAAGAGUCCUACUACUUAAUUCAGCUGUGCAAUGAGUUUCAUGAUGUUUUUGUGUCACUGUGUCAGAGGAUUAGUGGUACUCUGUUUUGUGUGUGAUCAGCUGUUUGUGAUUAGUUUCAUAUGUUUGUGUCUAAAACUUGAAUGUAAAUACUUGGAAGCUUUGGCUCUUUGACUAGCAGCAUGCAGACCCAUUUUUUUUAUUGCCAUGACCCUGUAUGCUUGCCUGAUAGGUCUUGCACAAUAAACCUGAGUCAAAGUGA